AUGUCUUCUGAUUCAUCUUCCACUUUUUUCAUCACUAUCUUUGCUCUCUCCUUAUUGAACCUUGCACCUAUUGACCUGGUGCUUGCAAAAAAGCCUUGCCAAUUUCCUGCAAUAUUCAACUUUGGUGACUCUAACUCCGACACCGGAGGCUUGUCAGCCGCAUUCGGUCAAGCUCCUCCUCCUAAUGGUUUCUCUUUCUUUGGCGGCCCUGCUGGCCGCUAUACCGAUGGCCGCCUUGUGAUCGACUUCAUAGCGGAGAGCCUCGGGUUACCUUAUCUAAGUGCAUUUCUUGACGCCGUGGGGACCAACUUUAGCCAUGGAGCUAACUUCGCCACCGCUGGAUCCACCGUAAGACCUCAAAACACAACUCUGCAUCAAAGCGGUUUCAGCCCCAUCUCGUUGGACGUGCAAUAUUACGAGUUCAAUGAUUUUCAUAGAAGGUCACUAGCAGCUCGUAAACAAGGAGGAGUUUAUGAAGCCUUAAUGCCAAAGGAAGGACACUUCUCAAAUGCCUUAUACACCUUCGACAUUGGCCAAAAUGAUCUCACCGCCGGCUACUUCUCAAACAUGUCAACCGACGAAGUUCGAGCCUUUGUUCCCGAUGUGCUUAGUCAGUUCCAGAAUAUAAUUCAGUACAUAUAUAGCCAAGGGGGAUACUUUUGGAUACACAACACAGGUCCAGUAGGGUGUUUACCGUACGUAAUGGAGCGGAUCCCGGUCUUAGCAGGGCAAAUCGAUGAACACGGAUGCGCGUCUCCGUUCAACGACGUCGCCCGGUUCUUCAACCGGGGACUGAAAAAGACGGUGGAGCAGUUGCGUCGAGAUUUGGGCGAUGCAGCCAUCACUUAUGUCGAUGUUUACUCGGUGAAAUACUCGCUGAUUAGCGAAGGAAGAAAGCAUGGGUUCAAGCAACCUCUUAGAACAUGCUGCGGCCAUGGUGGGAAGUACAACUACAACAAGGAACAUGGGUGUGGAUCAAAGAUUAAUAAACAUGGGAAGGAAGUGUUGGUGGGAGCUCCAUGCAAAGAUCCUUCGAGUGCCGUAAUCUGGGAUGGGGUUCAUUUCACUCAAGCGGCUAAUAAGUUCAUAUUCGAACGGAUCGUUGAUGGUUCAUUUUCACAUCCUCCAACUCCAUUAAAUAAGGCUUGUUAUAGGAAUUAA